GCGCCUCUUCCUUAAGUACACCCCGCUCGGGCUGCCACGCUUCUCCCUCAAACUCGCGAGCUCAGAAACCCAAAUACAAGAAUCAAAGUCACCAUGUUCCAGUUCGUGCUUGCAGCUCUCCUCCAGCUCUCGCUGGGCCUCCUCGUCGAGGCAGCGCCCGUCACUGCGCAAGGCACUAGCUGGCAAGGCCCGACCGGUGGCGGUGUCGUUGGAUUCAUUGUCCUCGUUCUCGACAUCAUUGCUUGGGUUGAGAUCGUCAAAUCGAACCGCCCCCCACUGAACAAGGUCAUCUGGUGCCUGGUCGUCUUCCUCUUCCCCAUUGUCGGCAUGCUCAUCUACUACCUCUUCUCCAACCGCGCUGCCCACAACGACAGCGGAUACGAGGCUAUUCCCUCAUAAGCGGAUCGAGGGGUGUUGGAGCCGUAUCCCGCUGGACCACACAGCCAGGAUAAUUACAUACGUUUCCACGACUGUUAUCAUAAGAACCACUCACGAACGACUCGCAUUGCUACGGCGUUGAGGUGCAGGUUUACGAGGAUACGAUGCCCAAGGUUCCCGGUUUUCGUUACGAGUUUGGAGACGCACCAAGUAUGUCGGUGGAAGGAUCGCUCACACAGCGUACGCGAUGUGCUGUCGGAGCCCCCGAUCUUAGCAAUCGAUCAUGUCUUUCUUCACAACCACUGCUUUCUACCUUGUUCGCGUGCUCACUCUACAUGCCCAGUCCCAGCCGUAAUCGAGAAUAGUAGCAUCAGAGACGAGACAUUCCCACGUAAAUAAUCUCCCUCACCAUAGAAAAAAAAGGUUACUCUUCGUUAAAGAUUAAGCAAGAAACUCAUUAUUAAGUAACUCCUGUACAUUAUAGCGG